GUACGGAAGUGACGUUAUUGCCAUGCGCCUGCCAGGUGAUUGGCGGCGAGUUGACCGCCGUUGGAGGCGGCGAUGGCGGAACCGUUGGCGUCCGGGAGCGGCGGCGAUCAGGGGACCGAUGUGAAAAUAGAAAACAAUUCUCUGUCACCAGGAGUUGCUGACCAUGAAAAGGAACUUGCGAGCAAUGCUUAUCAAGCUUACGCAGCAGGGCAGUUUGACACUUGCCUCCAGUGUCUGGCUCAUCUGCAAGAACUGAACAAAGAUGAUUACAAAAUAUCUCUGAAUAAAGCAGUGGUGGAGUUCUAUAAAAAUGGGCAGACUUUGACAGACACCUUGAGGCAGACACUCAACUUGUUGAGAAAUCAGGUCCAUUCCACAGUGGAAGAAAUGGAUGGACUGGACGAUGUUGAGAACAGUAUGCUUUACUACAACCAAGCAAUCAUUCUUUACCACCUGCGACAAUAUACUGAAGCAAUAUCCAUUGGGGAGAAACUUUACCAAUUCAUUGAGCCCUUUGAAGAUAAAUUUGCCCAGGCGCUGUGUUUCUUGCUCGUUGACCUUUACCUAUUGACAUAUCAGCCUGAGAAAGCAUUGCUGCUGCUUGCAAUCCUGGAGAAAAUGAUCUCGCAAGGAAACAACAAAAAUGGCAAGUCCAAUGAGGCUAACAAAGAUGCCACCAAUCAGAAGAUUGAUGCUGGAGUUAUGGUGGAAGCUGCAAAGUCUAAAAUUCAUCAGUGUAAAGUGAGGUCUUAUGUACAGAUGAAAUCAUUAAAAGCCUGUAAACGAGAAAUCAAAUCUGUUAUGAACACAGCUGGAAAUUCGGCCCCAUCGCUAUUUCUGAAAAGUAAUUUUGAAUAUUUAAGAGGAAAUUAUCGAAAAGCAGUGAAACUAUUGAACAGCGCAAACAUCACAGAUCUUCCUGGGUUUCUCAGCACAGGUGAAUGCAUUCGGUGCAUGUUCUGGAAUAAUCUUGGAUGCAUCCAUUUUGCUAUGGGAAAGCACAAUCUUGGAAUUUUCUACUUUAAAAAGGCAUUGCAGGAGAAUGAUAUUGCUUGUGUGCCGUUGACAGGAACAACCAAGGAUCAAGGGAAGAAGUUUUCAGGCAGACCAAUGAGUUCUCUGCUCACAAACAAACGUUAUGAACUGUUACACAACUGUGGAAUCCAGCUGUUGCACAUAGGCAGACCUUUGGCAGCUUUUGAGUGCCUGAUAGAGGCAGUUCAGGUGUACCAUUCCAACCCACGUCUUUGGUUAAGGCUGGCAGAGUGUUGCAUCGCUGCCAACAAAGGGACAUCUGAACAGGAGACCAGAGGACUGCCAAGUAAAAAAGGGAUAGUACAAUCGAUUCUGGGUCAAGGCUAUCAUCAAAAGAUAGUUUUGGCAUCACAGUCUACGCAGAACACAGUGUACAAUGAUGGGCAGUCUUCAGCCAUCCCAGUGGCCAGUAUGGAGUUUGCAGCCAUCUGUCUAAGAAAUGCUUUGCUUCUGCUCCCGGAGGAUCAGCAGGAGAUGAAGAAAGAUAACGGUUUACGAAAUUUCAAUCAGUCAGGCAGUGGUGAAAUCAAUAAUGAAAGCAGUGAGACAUGCAGUGGUAAACCACAUGAAGGAGAGAGGUAUUUGGUUCCAGGCCCACCAUCUUCUCCAUUAAGGAAGCAGGAGUUAGACAAUUUGAGGUGCUCCAUUCUGGCUGGCAGUGCAUACAUUGCCCUUGCACUUGGUGACAACCUAAUGGCCUUAAAUCAUGCAGAGAAUCUUCUACAGCAGCCCAAAUUGUCUGGAUCGCUAAAGUUUCUGGGUCACUUGUAUGCAGCAGAAUCCCUCAUCUCCCUGGAUAGAAUCUCGGAUGCCAUCACUCAUUUAAACCCUGAAAAUGUUACCGAUGUGUUCUUGGGAGUUUCUUCAAAUGAACAGGAUCAAGGUUCUGACCGAGGAGAAAAUGAACAGAUGGAAAGCUCAGGAAAACAGAUACUGCAAUGUUAUCCAAACUCUGUUACAUCUGCCCGUGCAAUGAUGCUCUUUAACCUUGGCAGUGCAUAUUGUCUACGCAGUGAAUAUGAUAAGGCUCGCAAGUGUCUUCACCAGGCUGCCUCAAUGGUUAAUCCCAAAGAGAUUCCACCCGAAGGUAUCCUUCUAGCUGUUUAUCUUGAACUGCAGAAUGGCAACACACAGUUAGCGCUACAGAUCAUUAAAAGGAAUCAGCUGCUGCCCUCAGUGAAAGCCCUGUCUUCUGAUGUGAAAAAGAAACCGAUGUUUCAGUCCAUCCAGACUGUGCAACCACCGCCAUUCAGCACUGUCCAGCGGAAGUGAGACUGCUUACUGCUUGAGACCAACAUCUGCUUGCUGCCUUCAAGACUAUUCCCCUGCUGGGGAAGAAGCACAGGCUGCAGGGGAGAAACCCUCGAAGCACUGCUGCUGUCAGCUACCCAGCCAGGGAGAAGGCGGAAAUCUAUCACCAUCCAGUACUAAGGAUACAAGCACCAGUCAGGUUAGGUUAGGGUUAAUCUAACUUGAACUUGAAUGCUCACUGAAGGUAACAUGUGCAUAGAUUCAGUGUGUUUCUGGACCUUGGGGAUUUAUUGAGUUUAUAAUGUUUUAUUUUAUGUAAUAGUUUGUAAUAACCACAGUAUUUAUAGAUGAUCAGAUUUGUUUCCUGUUAUAUAAAGACCACUUUUAUAUUGCCUUUUAGUUGCCCUUCUCUGUACUAGGUAUAUGUUAUAAAUCAGUUUUCUUAUGUCAUCCUUUAAUGAAACUGUCAUGGGGUUGCUGGUUGAAUUUGAUUCUGGAAACACAAUUAACAAAAUUAAUAUGAUAUAACUAUUCAUCCUGUUAUGAAGAAUAUUGCAAAUACUCUUGGUGUCAAUAAUAUAAUCUACCAGAGCUGAGGAGACAAUGUAUAGGGGGGGGGGGGGGGGGGGGGGGGGGGGGGGGGGGGGGGGGGGGGGGGAGGGAGAUACUCCUAGACACCAUAGAAAAAUCUGCAGGAACACAGCUUCCUGAACUGUUAUAGAUAUUUUAUGGGAAUUUCACUAACAAGUUGAAGAUCCUGUCGUAAUCAAACCAAUGACAUUUUGUAAAGUGUUUUGUCAGAUCUGCAUUUCUUGCUGCUUUUCAGCAGUGAUUUUGCUUUUUUUCUGGAGCCAUUCAAAGUGUGCAAAGGCAGACCUAGAGAAAGAAAUUUAAAAAACUUAAAAUAUACCAAAUGAAUAAAUUAUAUUAGGGUGGAUUUUUCAUCCAGGAAAUUUGUAAAAGGAAACAAUUUAUUUUUGCUUUCCCGACCUGGAGCUGGGCUUUCAAAGGGCACUGAAGGAGUUGGAAGAAGGGAAAUGAGCUGAAGAAAAUGUGGAACCACAGGAAUAGAGCUGGGGUAAGGGGCUGACUAGAUUACACCUGCAGGAAGCUGGCAUGGAUGCAAGGGGCCAAGUGUUUGGAAUCAUCUUGGAGAGAGGACAGUUUGAUUCUUUGUUUCCCCAAAGCGUUCCUUGGACAUUCUCCCGCAGGUGAUUCACAGUACUAAUGCUGAAUUUGGCUGCGUGAGUUCAAAUACACAGCAUUGCCUCAGGACCUGCCAUUAGCAGCACCCUACCCCAUGUAGCAGUGCUAAUUGAUCAGCAGGCAAGUACUGCUGUGAGUUGGACUCUCUGCCCACAGCCUCAGAACCACCAGCUGCAUUCGACCAAGAGGGCAAGGUUUCAAUGUACCACAAAAUAUUAUUGGUCAAACACGGGUACUCCUAAACAUUGCAAAUCAAAUGAUAUUUUGGAAGCAUUGUUGACACUGAUUGUGAAUAAAGAACAAACAGUUAAUUCUG